UCAAUCCAACGGACAAUCCACUGGGCGCGUCAGGCGGUUGUGAGUACCCAACCUCCAGUCAAACCGCGGCUGAAGCGCAGCCUGGACCCCAACCGCAGGAACAAGAGCAAACAGCCGGUCCACGGGCAGCAACACGAUCGUCGCCACAACGGCUGCCAGCACCUCAAGCCCCUGUCAAAACUGCGCACGAGGGCAAUCCAUCAGGCGUCAGUCGGUCGGUGCCUGGAGAACCCACUGCUCCUGCAGGGCUGCCGGGCACUGUGGCUGGUCUCACCGGAAGUCAGGAACAAUCGGCAGAAGGUCCUCAAAAAACACCAACACCGUCGGUUGGCACUGCGGCUUCGUCAACACAGACGGCAGGGGAGAGGGCAGCAGAUGCACACGGAGGUACACAAACAUCUUCAACCCCCCAAGGCCGAUCUGGCACGCCCAACGCCGCCGCUCCCGCCAGCGACAAUGAUGGAAUAA